AUGAAUCUUGUUAAUAGAAGGAUUAUUGCGGAUACAGUUUGUCCAAACUGUACCAGGUUCCCAGAGACAGCCGUGCAUGUGCUUUGGGAUUGUGAUGCUGCUCAAGAUGUGUGGGCAGGUAGUUUAAAAUCACUACAGAAAGGAAAACAUGGACUGAUUGACAUGUUCCAGCUAAUGGAGUAUUUGAUGGAGCGGUUGGCAUUGGAAGAUUUGGAGUUGAUGGUGGUUCAGGUGUGGCUGAUCUGGAAUUAUCAAAAUAGAGUGAUACACAAUGGGAAAUUUCAUGAACCAAGUUGGCUAAACAAAAUGGCAAUGGAAUAUCUAGAGGACUAUCGAGCUACACAGAUUCAGUUUGAUGCAGACCAGGUGCAGCAGCCAAGUCAGGAUUCAUGGAAGCCUCCUCCACCUUCGAUAUAUAAAUUAAACUUUAAUGCCGCUGUGUUUUCUCUGGUUUGGACAAGUCUGGGUUCGGAGCAAUGA